AUGAAUUUCGAAGAGCACGAAGUAUUUGAUCUGAAAGACACUGUUUGUGUUCCAGAGACAAGUCAAACCGUCAAACCAGAAGCAUGGACCAUCAAGAACACGGAACUGCAUGAUCAACAUUUGCUCGUCUUCAGUCUGCUUUCACGGAAUGCUACUCUUGUAUUCGAAGGGAAAGAAGUUACGGAUAAAAAACAGUCUGUGCCAUAUUGUGAGCUCUUCGUUCGAUUUAAAAGACCGGACUACGAGCUGUUGUAUGUUAACCCUCCUUCGCCACCGAAUACUACAACGACUACAAAAAACUGUCCAGCGGGUCCAGGAAAAACUCCAGAAACUACAACGUGUACUCCUUGUCCAAAACCACCUGCUCCUUGUCCACCAACAUCUGCUCCUUGUCCAGCAGCAUCGACACUGUCCAGCGACAACGAACUAAUGACAACAACUACGGCCAAAAACAUCCAAUCAUCAACGGAUCCUGCGGAAAGCAAGUGUCCAGAAGAAUCCAGUGGAUGGCUUUAUAUUGUGAUUGCCGGUAUUGUUGUGUGUCUAAUCAUCAUCGGAGUUUUGGCAUGGUUCUGGAAGAAAAGGGAUUCGGAAAAGAAGGAAAAUCUUAAAAGUGAGGAAGACCUGUAUGCUCUGUACAAAGCUGAGGAAAAAGUCAUAGGCCCUCACAAUAUGAAGCGAUUUGACAUAUGGAAAGAGCAUAGAAAGCAGAACGAACUGGAGGAGCUUCCGAUUGAAAGACUGGUUGCUAUAAUGUGGAAGAGGACGGAGAGGAAAACCCGCAAAGAUAAGAUUCAGGCCAUUGUAGACGAGUGCUCGAAGCAAAUUAACAAGGAGCUCAAAGAGAACGAGUAUCCGCAGGAAAUGAAGAAAAAAGGACUUCGAGAGACCUUCGAGAGAUGGAAAAAGAGAAAUAACAUCAUUACUGCGUUCACCGUGAUCGAUGGAACAGCAACUGCAAUUGAAUUUGAUCGGACAAGGGACGGUGAGGAGGUGAUCGUUGAGAAAGUUAAGGAGGUAAAGGCUGAUAAGAACAUUGAGGAGGUGAAGGCUGACGAGGACGUUGAGGGGGUAAAGGCUGAUGAGAACGUUGAGGAUGGCGUUUCGGUUCCACUAUCCGAAGGAGGAGUUUGA